GCUGGCUUCGCCUUCGGCGCGAUCGCUGCGGGAGGGUCCCGUGCGGGCAGGCCAGGGAGCUUCUCGGCUGAGUCGCCCCGGAGCGGGCUAGAAAAGUCGCCGGCCGGGUCCCACGGGAGCGUCGGUGGGGCUGGCCUCGGAAGGGGCGUCGCAGCGCCUUCCCCAGCCAGUUAGUGGGAGAGGGCUUCUGUCUCACCCCAGCCACAGUGUGAGGGGGUGAGGAGGCUCUCGAUCUGGAAAGCAGGCUGGGGUUUACAAUUGCUGUAAUCCGGAAAACAGCUACAGUUAAUGGGAAUGUCAGCAGGCUAGCCAUCCUGCAGUGGUACCUGGGGCGUUGAGUCCCGAGCCGGGAGAUCAGGGGAGUCCUCACGUUUGGGGAUUGGAAUAUGGCAUUGCAGCCAGAGAAUCUGCAGAAUUCCAGGUUGUGCAGCCCGGCAGGAAAAGGUGUACCUUACUAAAGAGCCACCCCCUUGCAGUCUUCAAUCUUCAGGACUGUAACUACCAAUCCGAGCCUAUGAUGAAUAUGAGGUGAAGAAUAUUGUGUCACUAAGUGUAAGUCUUCUCACCAAAAGAGGAAAAGAUGUGGAGUGGGCUGCUACCUCCUGGACUAAAUGAAAGUGAUGUCGAGCUGAGUUCUGAAGACGAAGCCAAAUCAGAAAACUCUGGACUUCACUUACUAGAAGCUGAAGAAGAUCAGAUGACUAGAAAAACAGAAAUCUCAGAUUUCCCCACAGAUGGACCAAAAACUGAAACAGAGGCAAAUACAAAUGCAUAUGAAGAAUGCCCUUCCGGAAUUUCCUUGCAUACGUGGAAUAAAUUUCAAGAACUGCAUAAAAAACAUUCUGAACAGAAAACCUCAGCUUCAAGAUUCAGGAGGAAAAAAAGAAAACGCUCCAGGAAAGGUAAAUUGAAGAAUGAAGAGACAUCUUGUAGUGAACAAUCCUCAAAUGAAACCCAGUGGAAGGAGCUUACUCAGUAUUUUGGAGUCAAUGAUAGGUUUGAUCCCCCUGUGAAAAAGAAAAAAAUUGACAAGUCAGGUCUUGAAAAAAGCAUAGACCAGGCUGUGGAAGAGUGGAACAUUGAGAAGGCCGAGGAUCUCAGCAACCAGUUGGCUACUCGAGAGCUUGGAGUUAAAAUUGCCAAAGCUAUUGCCUGUCACAACUUUGUAAAAGCCAAAAAGGAGGCUGAAAAUUCACAGGUUGUUCGAAAAAAGAAGAAACUUGCAUGGGGAUUUGAAGCAAAGAAGAGAUGGGAAACCAAAAGCAACAUGGGAUAUAUGUAACUUGCCAGAGUUCUUCAAGAUCUUUCUAGACUUCCAAGUGCUCAAUUUACUGAAGAGAUUUUCCUGCAUAUAUUAAAUACGUCAAGAAACUGAUAGAAGUAGAUAAACAAAGUCUAAAAUUUGGGAGUUGAUUAUCAAACCUUUUCAGUCUUUUUCUGGGGAGCUUAUCCUAUUGAAGCGGAGUUUUCUGUGAUUGGUAUGAGAAAUCUAAGCAUACACAGAGAAAGAAAUGAUAGAAUUCAUUUAUUUAUUUAUGUAGACCUAUAAUACAGUCAGUUUUACUUUUUAUCCGUUUGGUAUAACGUAGCCAGCGAGCUCCUUGAACUUUCUUGUCUGUACUUGGUUUAACUGCACUUAUUCUGGAAUGUGGUUUUUAAGAUUGGUAUUUAUGAUGGAUUGGUCAUAAGUGCUAAGGAAGUCUCACUUGAUUCUGUCUUUCACCACUGACUUUAAUUACCUUAAUGUUAUAAAAGUUAUUCUUGACUCUUUAUUGGGAGGCAGUAGAGGUGAUAUGUCAUAGUCACAUGGUAAAAGCAAUUGAUUAAUUUUUGUGUACUUUCAGAUAUAAUACUUCAAUAAAGAACAUCAUAUACUGUAGUAUUUGGGGGAUGAUUUAAAUUCAGCCCUGCAUGGAACUGUCUUCCUAAAUCUUUCUCUCAGCCAUGUCAUUCUUUAAGUUAUGAAAUAGUUCUUAGAAGAGAAAAUGGUAUAACUAUAUUAAACAGACAGUUAUAACUCAGGACGGUACCACUCUGGACCUUCUAAGAAUGUGGUUUGGUUGUUUUUAGCUCCUCUUCCUGUUACUCCUUAAAAGAUUAAAUACUCAGGAUAAAGAAAGAAUUAGUACCAUACAAAGUAGUUUUCAUAGUGCAUUUCAGAGUCCUAACUGGGAAGGGCUUUGAGAAACCAUAUAACAAGCCAGCAAACGAGACCACAGUUGGACACUGUGAUUGCCUUGUCAGGCCCUUGGCCUUUUGGCACUGCCUCGUAUCCAUGCUCACCGUGGUUUUCAGCAGUUCGCCUCCCUUUCUCAGCCCUCAUCAGAGGUUCUUUUUGCUAGCUGUCUAAUAUAAACGUUCUCUGGGUGCAUAAUAUAAAUUCAGGAACAUAUAAAAUGAGUCAUGAUUAUACUAAUCAUUUUGUUACUUUUAGUCUUGUAUAAUAGUAACAUUAUACCAAUUUAUGGUGCCAUGUUUAAUGUUUCUGUGUUCCAGAAUAAGUGAAUAAAUAACUAGUUACUACUUACGAGAACAAAGCUCAUUUCUACUUGUUUGAGAAAAGCCAGUAUAGAGAAAGCAAGGUUUUAGAAGAUUGUGUUUCUACUUACAGAAACCAUCAUCAAAAGGUAUUCAGACUGAAUAUUGUAAGAUCUUACUUGUUAUGAUUUGAUAUUUCCUGUUCUGUUUUGUUGAUAGAACUAUGUACUGCUUGCCUAGAACAUCACAUUUCAAAAUCCUAUAGAUGAAGACUAACUUAUAGGGAGGGGCCUUUCCUCUAAAAACCCCUGUGCGGGGAAAAUCCACUACACAAUCCAGUAGUUUUGUUUGAAACAUUAAACAUCUCGUCUUUGAACAGGCAGAUACAUAGGGUCCCGAGGUGGGCAUUUCCCCUUGGCCUCAGCCUCAUUUUUCUUUUUCUUAUUUCCACAUCCUUCGAGCAUUGAGUGACCCUUGGCAGGCACUCGUCACCACUCUUACCAUGUUGACUCCUUGCACAGUGGCCUCUGGUAGGGCCUGAUGGUGAGAGCCCCAGACGAGAAGGCCUUCUUCAGCCUGCUGCAGUGCCAGCAGUUGCCCCUCAGUGCCCUCGGCAGGAUGCUCACCUAGAGGGGUGCAUUGUAACUCACUUGAUAAGGGGAGUCAUCUUGUAAGCCCACACUUCUUGGGGCAUGGUUUGUGCAAAGCUCCAAAGCAUUCUGGUAUAGCAGGAAAGUUAAGGACAUUAGGUAUUGGGGGCAGGAGGAAGGAAUGAGGGAGUGGAAGACGCUGGCUGUCUUGGGUUGGCCCUGCUGGCAUAUCAUUUGGGACUGGUUUUGUUUCACCAGUUUUAAUGUGAAUUAGACAUUUUAUUCAUUAAAGCAGUCACAUGGGGCCAUUAUUCCUAGACUGCCAGGGUUGCCCAAGAGUGUCCUCCCCAUUCUGGUCACAUUGAAAUACGGAUUCUUUUUGGAUUACUAAUAACUUGAGUCCCUGAAGCUUCGACAUGUACUCAUACUCCACCAGAAUGCCUGAGUGAGAUUAGUAACAUAAACGUCAGUUACCGUUAACUGAGAUGACUAUGUUUCAGGCCAUCGGUAUGGCAUUAAUGUAGCAGUGAUUUACUGUUUAACUACUGUAGGCUAAAACAACUUACUAAAGAACAGUAAUUUUGAGCUUUACAGCGCUGAUUUUGAGAAGUAAAGUUGGUAGUGCAUUCUUGUUUGGGAGCCCUCAGGAUGUUUCUAAUUUUCAGCAGAACAUUCUGUUUCUUUCACCGAAAGGAAAGUUUGAAUAUAUAAUCUCAGGUUUGUUAUAAUUAGUUCUGAUGACAGAGUUAAAUACAUCUCCGAGACUGUAAAUCAGUAGUUGAACAGGUUUUUGCAACUGAUUGUAAAUCUCUAACUCCGUGUUUUAAACACACUUUGUUUUUUAAGCAGACAGGUACGGGAGAGGCAGGCCAAGGACAGGGAUAAAAUGUAAUCUGAACUUUGAAUAACAGCUUAGAACUUCACAUUUAAAACCUAUUGAUUUCUUUGAUACCUUUUGUCUAAAAUGUUGUCUUUUAAAUAUUUUAAUGAAUUUAUUUCUUUAUUCUCAUAAGAAUAUUUUAAUUCUUAAAAUAUGCAGAUAUAAUUUUCAAAAUGCUCAAAUUUCCAGUUGUUAGGUAAAGAUAUCGAUUUUUUAGAAAUGCUAACUAUGAGACAUUUUGUAUGAGGUCGAUAUUUAAAUAAGCUGCCAAUUGUGGCUUGUUUUUUUUAAGAGAUAAUAAAGGUUGGAAAAUUAAUUGAUGCCAUGCCAGGCCCCAUUUUGGAAAAUUAGCUUAGUGAAACCUAGUCGUCAGAUUCAGAGCCCACUUGAAACAAUUCAAGUUUUUCCAUGUUGGCAGAAGUUGCUUUUAUUUUUAGGAUCUGGCAGAGCAACAAAUGCUUUGCAUGUCAAUUUAAUAUUUUUUCAAGCCAACUGUUUAUUCAUUGGCUUAAAAUUUACACUCUACUAAAGUCUUAGUCCCGACUUUCAUGAAACAAAUAGUAAUAUUUGGACAAGAUAUGUACACGAAAAUCUUUUCCAAAACCAAAUGUAGAUUGGUAUUUGUGGCAUCAGUGCCUUCUAACACAGAAUGGAUCCAAAAGUACUUUGAAAAGUCUAAGGCAUUUUAAACCCAGGGAAAUGUAUUUCAAGUAAUUAAUUUUUAUUAUGAAGUGAUCACAGUGUCUUUCAAGGUUUUCACAUUUAGGUUAGUAGGAGACCUGAUGCUAGAAAAUAGAGUAUGUGUUAGAGUAAGUUGUAAUAAACUCUCAAGAGAUUACUUUAUGAAUGUAUAUCAGUAUAUCAAGAAUAGAUCUGUUCUUGCCCUUUGAGUCAUACUGAGACAAUAAGACCCAUUUUCCAUUUUUUAAGUAGGGAGUGUUCUGUAUAUUUUAAUAAAUGAGCAGAACUGAAUUUACUUUUGUCUUUAUUAUUUUAUUCUCCCAUCACCCUGCUCACCUUAAAAGAUAACAAAACAAAGUACAUCCUUGAUGUGUAAUUAGCUCAGAGACUUACUGGGAAAGAGCUUCCUGACUUCAGCUGAGAACCUGACAGCAUGUGGCAGAUCAAGAUUGCCCUGACGAAUGUUUAAAAGGUGUCAAACCAUUUUGCUCUAGGGUGAAGCUGAGUCGUGUUGCCCCUUCAGCAGCAUCUUUCCUCCUCGGUUUUGGAGGAGUGUGUUCACUUUGCUAGAACAUCUUCUAAUACAGCAGUGCUGCUGGAGUAGCUUCCUGCUGGAGUAGCUUCCCGCCAUACUGGCUUUUGUAUUCUUGACCCUGGGAGUACAAGUGUACAGCCUUUUGGUUGCAUUGCCUGUUAAUUGCCAUGCAGUAGGUUGUAUCUUUAGAUGUGCUUGUAAAAUCAAGAAUUAGCUGAGGGAUAAUUAAUCUUUUUAUUAGUAACCCCUUUUUAGAUUCAAGUAUAAAAGCUUAAAAAAUUUACAAGUGACAUGGCAUUUUUUAAAAAUUAGAAUUUAAGUACUUGCAUUUUGUAUCCAGACCGGGUUUCUUAUGUAAGGAAGCACAGAAUAGAAGGCACUAGAAGGGGAAGGGAGGUAGUGGUUGAGAGGAGCGUCGCUGCCUGGUGCUCCCACAACAGGCCUCCUGUGCCUGUUUGCUGGCAUCAUCCUAAAAGCCCCUGCCCACACCUCCUCCUGGGCCCAGGGCUGCCUCCUGCUGAAUUGCUGCAGGGGGCCUGCCAGGUGACAGGUAUGGAAUGAGGUAAUCUUUUCCCACCUCUAAUUUCUGAAGGGUGUGUCUGUCCAGUUAUUACUUGUUCAUUGAACUUAGAUUUAGAAACGAACAGCUCCAGUACAAGCUGUAAUUAUUGAUGUCUUUCAUAUUCAUCUGUAAGUUCUGGCAUUUGAUCAAGAAGUUAAUAUAUCACUUCAUCUUUAGGCAGAAUGUGCCUCAGCUAUAAAUGUUUUAUUGUUUGAUGGAUAGCAUACAAUUCUGACUACCCAGAGUAAAAAGUGUUUUCAUUUGUAAUGUGGGAGAUACUAGAAGAAGUAAAUUAUGAAUGUCAUAAGGAAUAGUGAAACAAUGAAGCUUUGAAUUUCUUUGAAUUCCUCCCUACAUAAUAUCUAAGGAACAUGUACUAAACACCUACUAACGCUAAUAAGACAUUAAGCUCUUGUGGAUACAAAGAUGACUAAGGCAUGUUCUCUGAAGUACGCAGUCUAAUAGAACAUGUAGGUAACGUAGAUUUUGGACAACAUGAUUUUCAGGUAGGCUAUUAGAAAAUCAGUGACUUUUUGUUUGCUACAUACAAAGAAAUAAUCAAUGUGUAAUAAGUAACCUAGACCUACAAAUAUUAGUUAUGUGAGUAUAUUCUCUCUACACCAGAAGGAAUAUAUAUUCUUUUUUUCACUAAUUUAAAAAAGGCAAGCAGUAUCUGGGUGACUGCGAAGUGUAAGUGGCUUCUUAAAACCCAAAAUCUUUUAACAAAAACAGUCUUAAUUGUGACAUGAAAAUAGACCAUGGUACCCAACAGCAGCAGUACUCUAGAAACAGUGACCAUAAGGUGACUUGAAUCUGCAAAGAACCUGAGCUUGUAUCACUUCAGAUGGUUUCCUGAAUGUAAGACAGUAAGAAGAAAACCCAGGAUGCCAAGUUGCCUGUCUAGACAGUUAGCUACAGUCACAGCUCAGUGGUGGAGCCACACUUGCUCGCCUUAGAGGGAGUGGGACCGUAGAGGUGCGGGUCAUUGAUAGGCUAAGACUCAGAAAUGAAUGCAGACGUCUGUUUUGCACAUUACUCAGGCUUUUUAAGCUUUGAGUUUGUUUCUUAGGCUACAUCAACAUGUCCUUUUACAUCAGAAUGGCUGUGUCAUAGCGCCUGCCCAUGUUAGGUAAUGCUAGCUGCUGCAACAAAUACCGCCCUCCCCCCUCCCCAUAUAAUGAACACAGUAGAAGUUUAUUUCUUGCUCGCAAGACGAGGAUAUUCCUGUCAACAGAGGGCUCUGCUCCAUGCAGUCAUUCUGACACGCAGGCAGACAGCAGCUCUGCCAUCUUUCCUUUGUACCCUGGUUGUCACUAUCUCAGUUGACCAGAAAGGGGAAGAGCGCUUGUGGGAAGUUAUGGGUCUGGCCUGGCAGGGGAACACAUUACUUCUGCUCGCUUUACACCAGCCAGAACCUUGUUACCUCACCACACCUUCCCAGGGAGGCCGGGAAAGGUAGACUAGCUGUUUCCCAGACAGUACAGGAAACACCUUUUGGUAAGUAGCAAUAUCUGCCACAUUGCCUCAAUCAUGUAUGUAAAAAAAAAUCAUGUAUGACUGACUUAAAUAACUUCAAGUUUUGCUGUGGCAUGAUUUGAGUAGCACAAACUGCUGUGUGUAAUACAUGUGGUCGUUUUCACUCGGAUUUGUUGACAGAAUUGAGUCAAAAAAGCCAGUCAUAUUACCAGGUGGUAUGCACAGAGGGGUCCCCAGGAAUUAUUGCCAUGUAUGAUCGGUGCUGAAAUAGAAUUACCAGCUCAGUGGGGCUCCAGUAAGAAUGUAGUUACCCUGCAGAAGUCAGGCAAGGCUUCUCGGCAGAGGUAAUGUUUAGUGUAAGGCACAAAGGGCGACUGGGAUUUCAUCAGGUGGACCAUUUGAUGCAAGAGCAUCCCAGGCAGAAGGUGCAGCGUGACACAUGAGGGGCACAGCAAGGAGGUUAGCAUGGGGGGGAGUACUGGGGUGAGGAGGUGGAGCAGCAGAAAGACACGAUGCUGGCAAGGGUGGCUGGAGCCAGAGCACAUAGUUUUGUGAGAUGCUAGGAAUUUGGAUAAGCCUAGAGAGUGAGGGGGGAUCAACACAUACUAAAUAAGAAAUACGUUCACUUUUGAGGAGUGGUGGGCUGGAAGGAAGCAUUUCAACAGCAGGGGGAAGAAACUAUGAAAGCCUAAACCAGUGUGUUGGGGAUUGAGAGGAAGGCAUGAAGACCAGAUGUGUCGAGGUGGUAGAUUUGACAAGACUUGAUGAGAAUCUGGGUGAGGGGAAAGAAGAGGUGUGGGCAGGCUUGGGUGUCAGUGUGGGUAGCUGUGUGGGAUGAGGAAAGUGGAGGAGGAGCGGGCUUUUGAGUAAGAGUGAUGUAGGUCUAUUUAGACAUCCUGUGUGAAGGCCCCCGGGGACAUCCUUCUGGAAAUGUCCAAUCAGCAGUUGUAUAUUGAGAUCUGGAUGUCAGAGAGAGGGUGAGUGCAGGAGACAGGCUGAGGAAAGAGGUUUAGAAAGGAGAACACCAGUUAGAUGUCUCCAGCAUCUAGCUGGUAAUUAAAGCUCUGGGUGUGGACGAAACUGCUUAGGGCACCUUCAAGUGCAAAAAGAGAAGAGGGUAAAGGACAGUCCUUGGGUGUGAAUGCAUGAGAGGUUGGUGAAGGAAGAGACAAAGGAUGUUAAAUGGGAACAAUAGGAAAGAAAGAAUCAGAAUCAGCAGCUAACAGGUCGAAGAAAGAUUUAUAAAGGUAAUGUGUCAGUAGCAACAAAUGCUGCUGAGCUGUCAAGCAGGAUAAGAGUGGUAAGGUGGCUGUUAGAGUUGGUAUCAGAGGGGCACUGAUGGUCUUGGCCAAACCAAAGAUUAAAGCCAUGUUCAAAAUAGGCGGUGUCUUAGGUCGGGUUUCCAGAAGCAGCACCUAAGGUGUCUUGGGGAAGUGAUUUAUUAAAGGUGUGUGUGCACUUCAGGAAAAACUAGUAGGGGAGGGAAUGAAGCAGAAUAGGGAAGAUAGGAGUUGGGCAGGGUACAACCUUGACCUGGUACCCAGGGGAGGGCUCUGAACUUCUUUGGAGGCAAGGGAGCUGGCCUCUUGCACCCUUAGGUCAGUCAGCCCAUGGCUGUGGGCUUCAGGGUGGUGGGUGGGAGUGGUAGUGGGCAGCGGGGCUUCGCUCAGUGCAGGGCAAGUCUCCAGAAAGAGGGGCAGCUGUGCACUGUUAGCUGGGGGAUGGGUACACGGACUGGCAUCUGCCAAGAUGAGUGGGGUGUGUGUGCACACACCCACAUGUACACUGAUCAUGGCAUCGGGCUCUGAUCUAUCCAGGGGAGCCCUCUUUGGACAAGCAGUGUGGGAUGGUGGCCUUGAAGUCAGAAUGGUUUAAAUAACAUGCAGCUUGCCUGGUUGUCAUGACUAAAUGAGAGGUAGACAUGACUGAGAGUCCUGGAUGGAUGCCUGCUGGAUUUGAAAUAAUAAAUGCUGUGAUUAUGAUUUCAAGAAUGAAUGUGAUAACCCUCCCUGAGGUGGUAUGAAAAUUAGCUGUUUAAAUACACAAAAACUCAUGAGCACCUACAACUGGAUAGAGCUGGUAUUAUACAGGGAUUUGGGCACCAGAAGCACUGGAAGAGGAAACCAUCUACUAUAGUACGAUAUACUGAAAUAUAUAAAUAUCUAUCUCUGUAGAUAGAGAUAAAUGCAUAGACAUAAACAUAGCAGUGUCCCCCAAAGUAAGUUCCAUGGAACCUUGCCUCAUGAAGAAAAACAGGUUUCUGUGGUUGGAUAUAUUUGGGGAAUGCUGCAGGUUAUCUCCACUGGGACCCUGACAAUCACACGAGCCCACUGGAACUCUGAGAAGUCACUAAACCUGGUGAUCUUUGUUGAACCCAAUCCCAGUGCUUCUCAGUUUGAUUUAACAUACGGUCUUGUUUUUCACCUAACAUUAACAAUUCAUGUAAUUGGUCAGGACACUUUGGGAAACACAAAUCUAUAUAAUAGCCCCAAACCAAAAACCAAAGCCAGUGCCAUCGAGUUGAUUCCGACUCAUAGCGACCCUAUAGGACAGAAUAGAACUGCCCCAUAGAGUUUCCAAGGAGCGCCUGGCCGAUUCGAACUGCUGACCCUUUGGUUAGCAGCUGUGGCACUUAACCACUACACCACCAGGGUUUCCAAGCAGCAGUCAAGAAAUCAAAUGAUAUAUUGCAUUGGACAAAUCUUUGCAAAAGAUGUCUUUAAAAUGUUAAAAAGCAAAGAUGUCACUUUGAGGACUAAUGUGCGCCUGACCCAAGCCAUAGUAUUUUCAGUCACCUCAUAUGCAUGUGAAAGCUGGACGAUGAGUAAGGAAGACUGAAGAAGAAUUGAUGCCUUUGAAUUGUGGUGUUGGUGAAGAAUAUUUAAUAUACCAUGGACUGCUGGGAGAAUGAACAAAUCUGUCUUGGAAGUACAACCAGAAUGCUCCUUAAAAGCAAGAAUGGAGAGACUUCGACUCAUGUACUUUGAACAUGUUAUCAGGAGGCACCAGGUCCUGGAGAAGGACAGUAUGCUUGGUAAAGUGGAGGGUCAGUGAAAAAGAGGAAGACCGACCCUUGACGAGAUGGAUUGACAGUGUCUGCAACAAUGGGCUCAAGCAUAACAAGGAUUGUGAGCAUGAUGCAGGACUAGGCAGUGUUUCAUUUUGUUGUACAUGGAGUCACUAUGAGUUGGAACCUACCCGAUGCACCUAACAACAACAACAGUAACGUUUCAGACUUUGUAACAGUCCCCUUGCUCCAGGGGAGCUUGUCUGGGAAAGGCUUCUGUGUAUUCCCCCUUUUGUGUUUGUUCUGAACCCUUCUGUCUAGCUUAGCCUUCCCUUACUUUAGGCUCAUUUUAAGCCCCCUUUUUUACUCCCAAGUUUUCCUUGGCUUUUACCUCCUCUCUCCCCUAUCCCACCCCAGGGCAUAGAAAUCAAAUCAUCAGAAGCCAUUGGUUUCUGAGCCCAAGCCAGACCUACUGAAUAUCCAGGAGUGGGAUCUGGAUCUGUUUUGUUUUGCUUCAAAGCUCUCAGGUGGUGAUUCUCAUGCAAAUCUGAUGGUACAGGUUUGCAAGCCAGCAAUUUACAUAGGCUGGAGGGAGGGAUGGAUGGAUGGGUUUGUGAGCAUGUAGGUGGACAGAUAUAUACCUGUCCUUCCAGUUAAAGAUUGUGCUAUUUGAAGUCUUGGUGUCCUUAAUAAAUAUUCAUGACUGAUUGAGAAUAUAAGCUUUGAAAUUACUGCUAAUGUUCUACUGAAAAUCUUUUAAACACUUUGAGAGUUCAGUGUCACAUGCUCCUGCGUUAGAAUGUGUGAGACACCUUAGUUCUACUCUAGCAGGCCGAAAAGUUAAAAUGUUUUCAGCACUGUUUCCAUACAAUACUCUUGUGCCAUCUCUUUCUGGGAGCCGAACACACACACUCUUUCGUAGUUGAGGAAACCAGGGCUUCAAACGGGUUCAUUUCAGAUUGGACCCCUGCUGAGGACUUGCAUUUCCACCCAAAAUACACUGAAUCGGAAUCUACAGUUUAACAAGAUCCUCAGGUGAUUCUUAUGUAUAAUAAAUUUUGAGACCCACUGCUCUCCUAGUGGUUCUCAGAAUCGGUCCCUAAACUGCAGCAUUAGCAUCACCUGGGGACUUGUUAGAAACGCAAAUUCUCAGAAGGGGUUCAAAUCGGAAUAAACUGUUUGAAGCCCCGGAGGAAACCAAGGUGCUGGGGUUUUAAGAGAGACCUCUGCCUAUAAAAAAAAAAUCUAGCAUAAACGGGUCAAGAUUGGGAUCCAGGCCAGCCUUUAUUCUUUCCCCUAUUCCAGUGAUUCUCAAAGUGUCGUCCAUGUACCACCUGCAAGAAAGAUCACUUAAUUGGAAAUGUAAACUCCAGGGUCCCACAAAGCCCUCAGGAAUCAGAAACUCUGGAGGCAGGGCCCAGGAGUCUGCAUGUCAACAAGCUCCUCUGUGACUAAAAAAAAAAAAUGCAUACUAAAAUUGAAGAAUCUUUGUCUUGGAGUAGCACCUCCUUCCAGAAUGGGGAAGCUGGAACAAGAAGGAAAAACAAACCAAUGAAACUUACAUGAGCUUUGUCCCAAACCAUAGGGAGGGAG